AUGGAUAAUGAUGAUAGAUUUAAUCAACUCAACGCUCUUAUUAGAAAAGAAACACUAAACAUCAAAGGAUAUUGUAUGGAUGAUAAAAGAAUGGUAUGUGUAAGUGAUACUAAUACAAUUAUUUGUUAUAAAUUUGAUACACAAGAAAGUACUAUUCAUACACCACCACCAUUAAUAAAAUCAGCCCCAGUCAUUAGUAUUGAUUGUUACGAUGAUUUAAUACUUACAAUUUCAAGUGAUUUCACAGUACUAGUCAUUGAAAUUCAAACAUAUCGAGUGUUUUAUCGACAAGUGAUUGCAGGAGCAACAAAAGGAUAUUUCUUAUCACCAAGAAUCUUCACACUAUAUUCAAAGGAUAAAACACUGAGAGUAAUUGAAUAUCCUGAUCCAUCAAUUCUUGGAUUUGGACAACGUGGACAUGUUGAUGUCUUAUCAAAUUCAUGUUUAACACAUGUCACAGCAAAAACAAAAGAAGUUGGACAAUUCAUGUUGGCAACAAGUAAAUCAGUGUUUUUAUGGCUAUGUGAUUUAAAUGAUGAGAAAAUGAAUAGAAAUGAAUCAAAGUAUCAGAGCUGCAUUCCACCAUUCACAUGUCCACCAACAGAGUAUUAUCUCUAUAAGAAGAUCCAAAGUAUUUCAUCCCCUCCUCUUCUUCAAUUUCAAAAGAGUGAAAUACUACCACACAUUUGUAUAUUACAUAACAAUAAUGUGAGUUUAUAUGAAGAAAGAUUUGAUGAAGGGAAGUUUACGGUUGAACUACUGAAAGAAAUCGAAGUUAAAACACCAAUAUCUAUUAUUUGCUGUGACACAUUCAUUUUAACACAAUACAACAAUCAAAUUCAAGUUGUUUAUGGGAAAGGAGAAAAAGAAAUAAUAAAUAAUACACAAAUAGAAGAAUGUCAGAAUAAUGAGAAGGUGAUAGUAAUGGUUACAAUGAAUAUGUUCAAAAGUAUUGAUAUGCCAACAGAAGAUGAAGUGAUCGAUGAAAUAGAAAAUGAAGAAGAACAACUGAAGAUAUGUAUUGAAACAAAAGGGUCAAUAAAAAUGAAAAGAAAAGGAAAAGAAAUAAUAAGCAAAAUGGCAAAAGAAGGUAAAGAAUGUUGGGAAUAUGCAAAAGAAUUAGAAUGUAUUGAUACAUUAAUUGAAUAUACUCCCAAAGAACAAAAAGAAACAAUACUAAAUAAAGUAAUUGAAGAAAUAAUGGAGAAAGGAAAGAAAAUAGAAAUAAAUAAGAAAAAUGUAUGGGAAGUAUUUGUGAAUGGAUUGAAAAAUAAAGAUAAUACAAUAAGUGAAAGAAUAAUAGGAUAUUAUUCAAAUGUAUUAGAUAUUGCAUCAGUAAUCAGUAUAUGCAUUGAAUAUUCAAGAUAUUCUACUAUCUUCACAUUGUAUAGGUCAUUAGGUAAAAAGACAAUUGAAGCAUUUCUUAUUGUUUCACAUAAUAUUCUCAAUCAUGGAAUUACACCAACAAGUCUAGUUGAUGAAGGUAUGAAAAAGAAUAUUGAAAUGAUUAUUACAAAUGCACAACGAUGUAAUGCCGAAGGAAAUGACAAAGAAAUGAUUGAUACAAUAUUUAAUAAUACACAUGGAAUGUCAUUAAUUGAAGCAGGAAUUAUUGUUUGUAAAGAAAAAACAAUAGAUGUAAUGAGAGACAUUAGAGAAAAGAAAGAAGUUAUCUCAGGAUUAAUAGAAACAAUGAAAAGUCCCAUCACAGAGGUUAAAGAAUGUGUAGCAAGAGAAGUGGUUAGAAUGAAAUAUGGAGAACAAGGAAUGAAAGAAGCUAUUUUUAUUGUUUUAACAUCAAAGGAUUACAAUAAAGAAGAUGAAGAAAUGUGUAAUGAAGGAAUUAAAGAGUGUGUUAAAGAAAGAAGUGGAACAGAAAUAGAUAAAAUAGUCAAAGCAGCAUUUUCAGUUAAUAAUAAGAAAAUCUUACGUAGAUUAAAAGAAUGUGAAACAGCACGUGAUGCAUUAAUGACAAUGGACAUUAUUCAAAAAGGAGAUGUUUGGAAUGAGAUAGAAAGAUGGAUUAGAAAAGGAAUAGAACGAGAAAAUGUUGAGAAAACAGUUAAAAAAUUCACAAAACGAAUGUAUGAAAUGGAUAUAAAGAAAACAAUCAUUAUUGGAGUUAAAUAUGUUGCAAGUUGUGGGUUAUAUUGUUUAGUUCAACCAAACACACCACAUGAAAUCAUUUAUGAAUAUGGAAGAAUAUUAAUGAAUGACCCAAGUCCAAUCAUUCAAAGAAAUAUGAGCUGUAUUGUUAUGAAGGUAAUUGAGAGUUGUUAUGAAAUGAAAAAAGACACAAAAGAAAUCAGACAAAUCAUCAAUAGAAAAACAUGUGAUUUGGAUAAAGUCAUUCAACUGGCAUUAAAAUUCAAAGAUGAAAGAACAGUGUUGAUGAUUAGAAGAAAGAAAGGAGAAAUUGAAGAAUGCUUUAAAAAUCUUCAAAGAAGAAGUACCACAUGUUUAAAUGAGUUAGACAAACAAAGUCAAAAAGAAGAAGAAGGAAAUGAAAAGAAAGAAGAAAUCAGUGAGAUGUAUGAAGGAAUCAUGGAGGAUCUCCAAGAAGUAAGUGAAACAUGUCAAUUAACAGACAUAACGAAAAACGAAGAAUGUGUUGAAGUGAUGAAGAAAUGCAAUGAAAUAAUGAACAGAAGAAGAGAAUAUUAUGAAGCAUACAACAAAAUGUAUCGAGAAAUAGUUGAAAUAGAAUGUUCAAUGACACCAAUAAAAGAGUCAAUUCAGUUUUGUUGUAAAAUCACAGAAGGUGUUUUAUUAAGAAUGGUAUUAAAUGAUUUAAUAAAACAAAGUCAAUCGAAGUUAACAAUGUACAAAACACUCCAGAUUAUUGCGAAUGAACAAUUAAAACAAUCAACACAACGCCAUAACAAAGAAUUAAAAAAAGGAGUUAUUACAAGAAAAGAAUGUAUUAUUUGUCAUAAAGAAAAGGACGAAAUACUCAAUGUGUUUGGAUGUGGUCAUAGUUAUCAUUCAACGUGUUUAAAUUCAUCAGGAAUAUGUUUAGAAUGUAACCAUCUUAUGAACUAA